CUGGGCACUUGGUGUGACACCUGGGCGGAGGUGCUUAGCCUGCGUGCGCGUCUUUCCUGACCGGGGAGAGUCUACACUGGCCGAGCGGCGGCCGCGGAGCGGCCCGGGAUCCCCUCUCCGGAACCCUCCCUCGGCACAGCCUCCUGGCAGCUGUGUUAAUGUUUGCGUGAUUGUCGCGAGGCGGGUAGGGGGCAGGGCAGGGUCGACCGGAGCGGCAGGAUUCACCUGUGUACUUCGCACCGUGCGUGUUGGAAUUGGGAUCCUGUUCGGCGUGUGUGCGACUCUCCUAGUACGCAGGUUGGAAGUGGCGGAGGAAGCAGGGGUUUGGGAAUCGCGUCCAUAUGGAAAGAUUUGGAAAUGCAAACAUUCAUUUGUCAGCAAGCGCUCUUGGAAGCUAUGCGAUGGCUCGAAGGAUACCUCCCGCUGUCCGCGUUUGCGAUGUAAACCGGUGGCUCUCCUGAGGAGAUCUGAACCUGAUGACACUCAUUGCACUGACCAGUUGCUCGGUGGCCUGUGGGCUGGUUGACCUGUGCCCGCUCCCGUCAUGACGUGCACCAUUACGGCUCCUCACUACUUUCGUGGUGACAUGACACCUGGCUUCUUUCCGCAAGGAACAUUCAGCACACAGCACCGUCCCAGACACAUUGGAUGGGGAUUGGUUUGAUGAUCCUCCCUGGAACGGGGUUACAAGUACCUUCACAGGACGACAUUCACUACAGGCAAGCCUCGUGAAAGAAAGGUAGUGACUGGGAGCAGCGAUAUCAGGGCAGACGGAAAGAAACGAACACCUGUUAAAACUCGCGUUGGUCAGAGGCAGACCAUGUCAGAGAGUCACCAUGACCAUGCACAGUAACAGCUCAACCUCACCUCUGUUUCCGAACAUCAGCUCUUCCUGGAUUCACAGCCCUUUGGAUGGGGGGCUGCCCCCAGGAGCCGUCACUCACUCUGGCAGCUACAACCUCUCCCAAGCAGCCGGGAAUUUCUCCUCCCCAGAUGGCACGGCCAGUGACCCCCUGGGGGGUCACACCAUCUGGCAAGUGGUCUUCAUCGCGUUCUUGACCGGCGUCUUGGCCUUGGUCACCAUCAUCGGCAACAUCCUGGUGAUUGUGUCCUUUAAGGUCAACAAGCAGCUGAAGACAGUCAACAACUACUUUCUCCUCAGCCUGGCCUGUGCCGACCUGAUUAUCGGGGUCAUUUCGAUGAAUCUGUUUACCACCUACAUCAUCAUGAACCGAUGGGCUUUGGGGAACUUGGCCUGCGACCUCUGGCUCUCCAUUGACUACGUGGCCAGCAAUGCCUCCGUCAUGAACCUGUUGGUCAUUAGCUUCGACAGGUACUUCUCCAUCACAAGGCCACUCACGUACCGAGCCAAGCGAACGACAAAGCGGGCAGGCGUGAUGAUCGGCCUGGCGUGGGUGGUCUCCUUUGUCCUCUGGGCCCCCGCCAUCCUGUUCUGGCAGUACGUGGUGGGGAAGAGAACUGUGCCCCCCGGGGAGUGCUUCAUCCAGUUCCUCAGCGAGCCGACCAUCACCUUCGGCACGGCCAUCGCUGCCUUCUACAUGCCCGUCACCAUCAUGACCGUUCUGUACUGGAGGAUCUAUAAGGAGACGGAGAAGCGCACCAAGGAGCUGGCUGGGCUGCAGGCCUCGGGGACAGAGGCCGAGGCCGAGAACUUUGUCCACCCGACCGGCAGCUCCCGGAGCUGCAGCAGCUACCACUUUCAGCAGCCGAGCACAAAAGCCUCGGCCCGGAGCACGUGCGGCCGCUGCCACUUCUGGUUCACCGCCGGGAGCUGGAAGCCCAGCUCCGAGCACAUGGACCAGGACCACAGCAGCAGCGACAGCUGGAACAACAACGACGCCGCGGCCUCCCUGGAAAACUCCGCCUCCUCCGACGAGGAGGACCUGGGCUCUGAGACCAGAGCCAUCUACUCCAUCGUUCUCCAGCUGCCGGGGCACAGCGCCCUCCUCAACUCCAGCAAGUCGCCCUCGGCAGACAGCCUCCAGGUGCCCGGGGAGGAGCCAGGGGCAGCAGGCCUAGAGGGGAGAGCCGGCCGACCGCAGGCCCAGAAAAGCCUGGAUGGCCGGGGCAGUCUUCAGAAGAGCUUCUCCCAGCUUCCCAUCCAGUUGGAGUCGGCCGUGGACACCGCCAAGGCCCCGGACGGCAGCUCCUCAGUGGGCAAGACCACGGCCACUCUGCCUCUGUCCUUCAAGGAAGCCACCCUGGCCAAGAGGUUCGCGCUGAAGACCAGGAGCCAGAUCACCAAGCGGAAGCGGAUGUCCCUGAUCAAGGAGAAGAAGGCGGCGCAGACCCUCAGCGCCAUCCUGCUGGCCUUCAUUGUCACCUGGACGCCCUACAACAUCAUGGUUCUGGUGAACACCUUCUGUAACAGCUGCAUCCCCAAGGCCUACUGGAACCUGGGCUACUGGCUGUGCUACAUCAACAGCACGGUGAACCCCGUGUGCUACGCCCUGUGCAACAAGACCUUCAGAACCACCUUCAAGGCGCUGCUGCUGUGCCGCUGCGACCAGCGGCGGCGGCGCAAGCAGCAGUACCAGCAGGGGCAGUCGGCCGUCUUCCACAGGCGGGUGCCCGAGCCAGCCUCCUAGAGGCGCGUCCACCGCGGCGCGCGCACGGCCGCCCGCCCCUCUGCUGGGCGUCAGUGAGGGUGGGGGUGAGCCCUGUGACGACAGAACGCGUUCUCCUCGUCCCACGGUGAAAGGAGCUGCCUGUUUACCGAUCCCUCCCAUAAACCCCGUUUUGCUAUGAAGAGUCAAAUACCAGUUCAGCAAAAAAUAAGCAAGUGAGCAAUGAGCAUAGUGCCGCACAGGAAGAGAUCGAUUCUGACUCAACUUUGCCUUUUGGUUUUUUUUUCUUAAAGAGGGGAAACAAUGUUUCGUAUCACUUCUGCACCCAGAUUGGCAUGCCCGGGCCGUUUAGUCCCCACCAGCCCUGGACUCUCAUUGAGCAUAACCGGCCGCGUCCCCAGGUGUCACCCAGACCCCACGUGGGACACGGCAGGCUAGCAAGUCCACGGUUCCGAAAUGGUUUCACACGCUGAGGAUGGACCCUCUUGUCCCCGUCUUCUGUUGGUAUGUCGUUCAACUCUAUUUGUGGACUUGAUUCUCGAUUCUCGCAAAGUAGUGUUUUGUGCAGUUCACGUUUCAUACAAAUAAAAGCUACCCAAGUACACACAUGUACAUGUAUGCGUGUGUGAGUUCCGUGCGUGCACACACCGUGUAUGUAAUGUGAUGGGAAUCUCUGAACUGGCAAGUUGUUCCAGCAACGUGUGCUUUCAGUGCUUUGGUGACUGAAGUUCUCUAGGAUCCUAACCAACAUAAAAGUGAAGGAAACCCAGUGUGGUGUUCUGGAAACCAGGGCUGUUUCUCUGGAGAACAGGCAGCAGAGAGCAUCCAGGCCCCUGGCCUGGUCUGUGUAGGGUGUCAGCCUCGAGGGUCUGGGGGCAGGUGGCUCAACCAGGCGCUGAGGGAGCGGUCCCCUCUGCCGAUCCCCCCAGCCGUGCUUACUCGAGUCAGGGCCCCUCCGAGCUCAGCAGGGGAACUGCACCCACAUGCUGGAAUUUGCUUGUCCACAUCUGAAGGUCGCACACAAAACUGCUAGCUGAACAGCCUGAAACUCAGUAACCGUGUCACGUUUCAGGGUUACGCAAGCAUCGCGUAACACAAAGCAAGAGAGACGCUUAGGGGCCAAGAAGGACGGGGUUCAGCUUCUCGCAGCCCGGCAUCUUCCUGUGAAGUAAGGGCUCACACCUUUGCUGCUUAGCGGUGGCCAGGGCUUCCCGGUGUGCGCUCUGCGACCUCCACCUGGGUAACAGGUGGGGUUGAGGAAGUCACGUGUCCUCUCAAGAAAGCAUUACACUUUGAGAAGCCUUGCCUCCCACUGAUUUCCUGACGUUACUCAAAAGUGAUUUUUGUAUUUGCUUCUGAAUUGACCGAACGCUGAAUGUUCUCUUGGGGGUGGGGGUGCUGUCACCGUCCUCUGCUGCUGCUGUACGAGGCGGGGGGUGCUCCUGCUUUCCUUUCACUGGGGCUGUGUGGGGAGUGGGCGGUUGGGGGCGGGAGCGGAGGGCAGAGCCUCCCUUUGUCCAGGGUCUUGUGCUGUGAGCCCCGAGCCGGGGUGCAAGUUGCUUCUGUGUUCAGUGUGAGCUGGUGUUCACAGCAGAGCUUAACAGCAGUGGACGUGUACUCAGUGGUGUCUGUUUUGAACUAUUUAACUUUGUGUUCUGUUUCUAUGAAGGUGUAUUUACGCAGACUUCACCAAGUGUCUCUCUAACGCCGAUAAAUGUCACCCUUCAGUCUUCAGCAGUGGUGGCCCCAGAUGACUCUUCAAGGUCCACCUGAGCAGUGAGCAGGGUGUAUCGAGCUUCCUUGUGGCUAAGAAGGGAGGAAAGUCACUCUGUGGGUGUCGGGAGGUGCCUCGUUCAGAAGUCAACAGUGACUUCAGCGUAACGGCUCGUUACCCCUAGUGAAACCUGACGGGAACCCGUCAAAGCGACCCUCCACCAGUGUGUUUGAGCUCACGUGACGGGGGAAAGGGCACAUCAGCAUGAAUGCAAGAAUGGGUUUGGGCCCACAUUCCAGCAAAGAAUGAGAAAAAACAAUCUUCUAACUUACAUAGCAAACUACAGAAUGUUACGUCAUCCGUGUGCUAACGCGCGCUGCCUGUGGAGCGGGUCCGUCUGUGUUUGCUCGUGCCCCGGCACUAAUAAAUCCGUGAGUGCUGAUUCCAGCCUCCCCAUUCUCUCUGAAACUCCUAUUUUGCCUCCCUCUCAAAAGGCCAUUUCCUAUGUUUUAAAAAUAGAGAAUUAAUUUUAGAAAUGGAGGAAACCCUGAGUUUCGGCAGAACUGUGAAGGUUCGUAACAAUCCUGCUUAAACGCCGUCAUCUCACCCUUGUCCUUCUACGAUGGAAGGAGAGAAAGAAGCCCAAGGUGGGUUUAAUUGUCAGAUUGGAUUCAAAUCUCUCAUGAACGAAAGCUGCUUUUAAAUACACUCUACCAACUCCAUUCAUAGAAAAGUAUGUCCAACUCUUAGGUCGUUCUCAGAAAAGGAAAAUAAGAAAACAGAUUCUUUUGAACAUGGAGAAUUGAAAAGUGUGACCAAAGGUGUAGUGAAGUGUUUGUCACCAGACGUGUGUUUCUCAAAGUGCUUGUCAUUGAAAAAGGUACUCAGCAUUUCUAGAUCAAAAUGUCUUCAUCCGCCAAACGGGAAUCAACCCAUUUCAUUCCAUGUGAAUGAAGUUUGCCAGGCUCUCAGGAUUGGGUGCUUUAAUGGAAAGAGUGAGCUAAUCAAACCUGAGUAAAGCACAGGUGAAGAACCACCCCCCAGCACAGACACAGGCGCACACACACGUUCUCAUCCUGUGCCCCGCUGGGCUCUGUUCUCUUUGGUCCGUCCCCUCCCUGUGGUCUUCCAGCUGGUUCACCGUGUCAUCCUGAUCAUCCUUGACUUCAGACUAGCCCUGACUCUCCAAGCGUGUUCCAUCUCUGUUCCCCCUUUCACGUGUCACCGUGUUAGACUCUGGAAGAAGGCGAACAGGCAGGGAAGCGCGAGCAUGAGAAGCCGCAGUGGCUGAAGACUCAGAAGUCACCCCGGCCCUCCCCGUCAGCCCCCCGUGUGCACGUGGACAAGUUCCAUCUGUUUUGUUGGUAAACCUGGAAUUUUAAAUUUCACUUCAGUCCAGGAUGACCACUGGUGGCCUGACCACCUUACAAGCGGAGCUGUUGGGUAGCUGUUUGUUGGGCUUUUCAGUGCUCUCUCUCAGAAUGGACUGAAACUGCACAGAAUACAGCUCCCCAGACAGUCACCCCUCCUUCACCCAGCCACUCCCGCCACCUUUACUCAUGCGCAGUGGGCGACAGCGAGGGGCAGCGGUGCAGACGCGAGGCUGUCCGAGGCCCCAGGGCAGCGUGGCCCCUUCCCUCUGCGGACUUCAGUGCCGCUGCCCCUCCUUGUGCUUUCGUGACGCAGGUUUCUAGGGAUUCAGCCUCUACCAGGAUCAGUGCCAUGUGAGUCAGUGCUCCAGACCUAAGUGGCGGUCACCCAGGGCUCGUUAGAACCGGGAAGCCCGUUUUCUCUUUCUGGCUUCAGUGUCACAGCCUGAGAAAGGAGGCCCAAGUUGAGACAAUACAAGUGAAUGAAGAAAAACAAACUCAUAAGGUGACUGUACUCAGCAUAAGUUGUAACUGCAUCGUGUUUUGUCAGCAGGCUCCAAAAUGGGCAAGUAUUUGUACUGCUGUUUAGUUGGACACGCGCUACAUUCACAGCUUCGGGCACAGAGAUGGACGGUGCGCCGGACGUGUGGAAGCGGAUGCCCGCGUCCUUUAGUGUGAUGUCAGGACCAUGCACGUUCUGGUAGAACUAUGGAGACUCGGCAGAGCUCUGACCCUGCCACUCUUGCCCUGGGGGGGACAUUCCAGAUAGUCACCCAGAUCCAAGGUGGUUCUUGUCUGAGCUGCACACAGAUCCCACACGAGAGGCACAUGGAACAGGAGGCCGUGGUCUCAGCUGCAAAGACAUGUUCAUAGCACUUCCCACACCCAGAUAACCCCGCCUUCAACCUGAAAGCUUAUGCCCGGAAUACAGACAUCUCUUCUUACUCUUUCUUGCCGUCCAAAAUAGGUACUAAUUCUGCAAGUUACAUAGCACACCCCAAACUAAUUUUAUCAUGUCCGUGAUCUCCCUGAUGAUUGGUGCCUGUGGCCAGCACCUUGUCUGUCAACCAGUAGACAGUAAACAUUGUUCAGUGUUAACCAGCUCCUUGUAAUUCAUAUGGCAAAUAUUUCCAAGAAUUGUGUGCAUGUCAGUGCCCCAGGUUUCUGCUGUACCCAGGGGUCACUGAGCUGGGAAAGGAGAUUAAAGGAAAAGUGGUUCAUUACUAGGAUGGUUUCCUGAUAAAAUGUGACUAAGCAACAAGGAAAAUAUUUUAAUGGAUUUGAAGUAGUAAAUAUAAUUAAGAGGACAGGAAGGGAAAGAAUCAACUUUCCUUUAUCCCUGGAAUUUGGAAGCGUUUUACCGAGCGUGGUCAACUCCACCUGGUUGUCCUAGCAAGAGAAGUAGUGGGGGAGCCCAGAGCGUCCUGAAACAGAAGGCUUCUGUUGGUACAGGUGAAGUUCUGUUAGUUGGGCCUAAAACAGCCACGCACGUAGCUUUGCUUGGUGUGGAAGUUAGGAGAGAACCCAUUCUGCUGUGCAAGCAUUCGGCAAAAGCCCUCUCUUCCAUCCCUUCCUCACACCCAGCUGGGGCUCCAGCCUCCUGCAUACAUCACCCCAGAGAAACCCCUCCAGGGCUCGUGCUUAGAGCUAAGAGAAGGCACAUUCUGAGCAAUGCCCCCCCCCCCCUUUUUUUCCCAAACACACGGGAACUGUCUCUAAGUUUGGUGCAGGUUUGAGGGGCAACUAAAUUCAAAUUGGCUUCCAAGUUGGUGAGUCAGCACAUUGGCUUUUCUUGGCAGAAAGCUUUCUGGAAAACGUCUAUGAAAUGUUGAGUGAUGCUCACAUCCUUCGGAUUCACGAGGGUGUAGAAACCACUGUCCAAAGAGAUGGCUGUAUACUUGCUUUGUAAGCAAAAGGCAUGUAUCAUAGUUGCAUCUGAAACGGUGUCCCUGUCUUUCUCACAGCACUGGAUUUUACCUUUUUUACUUCCUAGUGUCCAGCACUUCCUCGGUAGUCAUUUUAGGUAUGUCAUGUGCCAUUUUUAUUCCUUCUCCUAAAAAUAAGUCAAUUGUCUGUACUAUAAAAUGAUGCCUGCAACUUUGUGGUGAUAUUAUUUCCUAAGUUUAAUGGUGAAAUAAGGAAAUAAAACUAUAAGUAAACAAAGAAUGUGGUUGGCUUUCUUUGUAGUCAAAGAUCAAUGAUGCAGCAACAGUUUUUUCUUGUGUAAAGGCGUGGGGGGCACUGCAGAGGUAAUUGUGAAGCAGACCGUUAUUUGCAUUGACUUCUCGCUUGUAUUUUUCUAAUUUUUUUUAGAUUUUGAGGUGGGUGGGA